CCGAGGCAAUCAAUCAGUUAAUCAUACCUACGUUUGAACGAUUGCGUGCACACAUUCAGCUCGGUGGGCGGUAUGGCCUCUUUAGCGUCAAAGCGGAUUGCUGGGAGUGAUCAGGGGAGAUAUAGCCGUCGCCGGAGUCAAGGAUGUGCUGCUACGGACACGGGUUCAGAUGAUGACACGUACCAAAUUUCGGCCAGUCGAGACAGGGGUCAGCUGCGUGGACAUCACAAUUUCUUCCGUAGGCAGGGAUGGUGGGUGCUCGUCUUCUUCAUCGCAGCAGGACUGGCGGCCAUGGCCGUGAUCUCCAUAGCCGUCCCGACGUCCGACGGCAGAUCAAGGAGUGAUUGGCUGAUUCCAGCCAUAAGAUCUGUAUUGCCCAAGCGGUCUCCAGACGAGACAAGUCAGCGUCCACGUGGCACUCGGUCGUGGUUGUGGCCUGACUGGCACUUGCAGGAGCUGCGUGAGACGAUGGUAAGAAGGGAAGAAAAUGGAGGAGGAGGAGGAGGAGGAGGAGGAGGUGGAGGUGGAGGUGGUAAUGGGACGAAGAUGACAACAGGAGGAGAAUGGGGAGGGAGAGUCGGUGCUAGAGUGACAAGCAGGAGAGGUGGCGCUCCUGGCCCAAAGGACCCGUUAGCCAGACGGAUCGAGAACCGUCGAUCUGAUACGGAUAUGGUCAAAGGUUCAGACACCAGAGCAGAAAGACUGGUGGUGGGAAGAGCAGCAACGCCAAGAGAACAAGGAGGAGGAGGAGGUAUAGAAGCAGCAAGAGAAGGAGGAGGAGGAGGAGGAGAAGGAGGAGGAGGAGGAGGAGGAGGAGGAGGAGGAGGAGGAGAAAGAGAGGUGGUAGGAGAGGAAAGCAGAUCAAGCGAACGAGGAGGAGGAGGAGGAGGAGGAGGAGGAGGAGGAGAAAAAAGAGAGGUGGUGGGAGAGGAAAGCAGAUUAAGCGAGCGAGGAGGAGGAGGAGGAGGAGGAGGAGGAGGAGGAGAGGAGGGGAGGAGUGGGAGCGAUUCGAGCGGGAAGAUGGUGGUUGUGACCGCAGCUAGUGUGGAGUUCUGGCGGGGGUUGAAGAACCUUGUCGGAUCCAUCAGGUACUUGGAACCUGGUCGUAAAGUGGUUGCCUACAGCCUGCAACUUCGUCCUGAAAUGAUUGCUGAAAUGAGGACGUGGUGCCACGUGGAGGCUCGGUGGACGGGAGAUGAGGGCGAUCCCUCAGGUCUCGUCCAACCACAUUUUACUAUCUGGACCAUCUACGCCUGGAAAGCCAUCGCUAUCGAGGAUGCUAUUAAUAGAUACGGCGUCGUUUUGUGGUUGGACGCUGGUUCAUCUGUGUACGGUCGAUUAAACACGAUCGAGCGGCUGCUGCUUCAAGAUGGCCACUUCUUUACUCAGGGUCAGGAUGUCGAUAUGGAUAAGUGGGUGCAGACGGGCAUGUAUCGGUACUUCAACGUGUCGAGGGAGAAAUUUGCGGGUCACCCCAGUUAUUCCGGCAACACGCAGGGGUACGUUCGUGGCGGGAAAGCUCAUCAAUUGGUCAUCCCUCGAUUCGUCGAUUGUUCCCGCCAUCUAGAAUGCAUCGCUCCCGCCAAUUCUUCCUACUGGAACCAUCGGUAUGACCAGGCUGCCUUGUCCGUGAUCGUGUAUGAUUCUGGUCUGGAUGUGGAGCCACAUACAGAAUUUCUCACGAUGAGGAAUAAAACAGAGGAACAGUUGCGGUUUGUCAACGACUCCGCCGUUCUCGUUCAUACAUCCAGACGGAGCGUUAAAGAAUACGAGAAAUUCGCGGGCAAAUGUCGAUGACAGGCGGUCUACCACUCCCCUCCCUUGCUCUCCCCCCCCCCUUCCCUUCCUCUGGGGGGGGGGGAAUUACCCUAGCAAUACCCUCUUGCUUCCUCCAGUUCCUUCCUCUGGAGGGCAAAUUACCCUAGUAAAAUACGCUUUUUAUC